GACGUGUUCCUCAUGAUCCGGCACCACAAGACCACCAUCUUCAUGGACGCCAAGGAAUCGAGCACCAUGUUCGAGCUGAAGCGCAUUGUCGAGGGCAUCCUCAAGUGGCCGCUGGUGGAGCAGCGGCUGUACAAGGACGACCAGCUUCUGGACGACAGAAAGACAUUGGGCGAGUGUGGCUUCACCAGCCAGACAGCAUGGCCUCAGGCCCCAGCCACUGUGGGGCUAGCCUUCAGAGCAGAUGAAGCCUUUGAGACCCUGCACAUCCAGCCCUUCUCCAGCCCACGUGAGCUGCUGGAGGUGAGGUAG